GGCACCUGUUCUGGCUUCGUUAUGCGGGAUACUGAGGAGGUAUCUAUAUACUACCCCGACGCAACCUUUCAGUACGAGCUUGAAGAUUUCGAAGUAGCGAAUGGCACGGACAGCUCGCUGCAAGAACGAACUAAUGUCAGGAUUUGCGAAUACGUGAGUGUGCAACAUCUGGCAAACUGCGUUACUAUCGUUGCCGGGCUACAAGCUAUUGGUAUCGCGCUUGGUAAUGCUGCCAAGUCUUUGAGUAACAGCAAUAGCUGUGCAACUGUCAGCGGCACUGCCGGUAACGGCAAAGUCAAGUACAGAUACUACGCUACUGGUCGUCACUGCGAUACCACAGCAGAGGCAAGCACCAUUGCUGGUGCAAUUGAGCACCAUCUCAAGAAUGUCAGUGGGGGUAAGCUGUGCCGAACAGAGUGUUUGGAUCUCACGCAUGGUGGUACUUGGAACGGUUAUCUUCUCGUCGGUCCCGCCAGCAAGUUUGAAAGCGACAUGUAUUGUGGCCCAAAGCUUCCUUUUACUAGUUGUGAUUCUGGUGGCAAGGGAGACUUGCACUAGGCCAGGCAGCGGAAGUGUCAGGGAUGUUGGGAUUCUGCGGCUAAUCUAUCUCAUGUACUAAGCACUUAGCUUGGAAAUGUGCAUACAAAUGCCCAACUUGGGACAAGUCUUAAUAUGCUGGUGUAUUGUUUGUUUUU